CCUCCUCCUCCUCCUCUCCUUCCUCCUCCUCUUCCUCCCGGCCCUUCCGCCGGCGUGGUGCGGCAGCAUGGCGCAGCCCGGGCUCGCCGCCUGCCUGGAGGCGGUGCUGGGCAGCCGAGGCAACGCCAACCGCGUCUACGAGCUGCUGGAGCGGCUGGCGGCGGCGGCGGCGGAGGAGGAGGAGGAGGAGAAGGUCCUCGGAGCCCUCAGGGCCUGCGGCCGGCUCUUCGGGGCGCUGCUGGAGCGGGGGGAGCUCUUCGUGGGCCGCCUGCCCGCCGAGGAGGCCGCGCUGGCAGGUGGCGGCAGCGCCGAGGAGAAGUACAAGGUGUGGAUGCGGCACCGCUACAACGACUGCGUGGGCUGGCUGGCCGAGCUGAUGGGCCACGGCUCCUUCCAGGUCAAGGAAUUGUCGCUCUGCACUCUGAUGAAGUUUGUUGAGUUGGAGGCAGAAUAUCCUUUGGUCAAAGUGGAGUGGAAGGGGAGUUUCACGUUUCCUCGUGAACUUUUAAAGGUGGUUGUUGAUGGCUUAAUUCCCUUAAACGAGGAUGCAUCGCUCCUGAUCUCUCGCUUCCAAGAGUACAUGGAGUACGACGACAUUCGGUACUUUGUCAUGAAGGCUGUCACCGAGAGUAUUGGGCAAGUCAUGCAGAAGACAAAAGAGAGGCCUCUGCCAUUUUACCAGCAGAACAUAUUUUCCCUCAUUUCACCCAUUAACAUGCCAAACAAAGAGCGUGACUUGGUCAAAUUUAUGGUGAAACAAGGUAACCGAGAGGAAUGGAAAGUAUCGAAGCUGCAGGCACACAAGCAGGCGUUUGAAAGAAUGUGGCUCAGUUUCCUGAAGCACAAACUACCCACUGGCCUUUACAAAAAAGUUCUUGUCAUUUUGCAUGAUUCCAUCCUUCCUUAUAUGAACGAACCCACUCUCAUGAUAGACUUCUUGACGGUGGCCUAUGGCAUAGGUGGAGCGAUUAGUCUUCUGGCCUUAAAUGGAUUAUUUAUUCUGAUUCAUCAGCAUAAUCUAGAAUACCCUGACUUUUACAAAAAGCUGUACAGUCUUUUAGACCCUUCUAUAUAUCAUGUGAAGUACCGAGCCCGCUUUUUCCAUUUGCUUGAUCUGUUUUUGUCUUCAUCCCACCUGCCGGCGUACCUGGUAGCAGCCUUUAUAAAGCGCCUCUCCCGGCUGGCCCUCACGGCUCCCCCCGAGGCUCUGCUCAUGGUCAUUCCCUUCAUCUGUAAUCUCUUUCGGAGGCACCCCGCGUGCAAAGUGCUAGUGCACAGACCUAAUGGGCCGGCAGAUUUGUCAGAAGAUCCAUAUAUUAUGGAACAGGAGGAACCAUCUGAGAGCAGGGCUUUGGAUAGCUCCCUCUGGGAGCUUCAGGCUCUACAAAACCAUUAUCACCCAGAUGUGGCCCAGGCAGCUGCUAUCCUGAACCAGUCGCUGUCUGAAAUAGAGGAUGACAUAUCAGGGCUCCUGGAGCUCUCAGCUUCUGAGCUUUUUGAUAAAGAAGUAAAGAAAUCAGCUGCUACUGUGCCUCUGGAGUUUGAGCAAGUACGAGGUUUGUUUGGGAAGAAAAAUGAUAUUUUUGCCGAGCACUUCAGUUUAGAUUGACGUGAUCUCUUAUCGUGUUUAUCUGCGUCAACUGACUGAUCUUAGGGACAUGCAGAAAGCUCACCUGCUGGGCUGGACACUUCUGACUUUGAAAUAUCUCAAAGUGGUGAAAGCUGGACUGCCUGAGAAAGGUGCGGCCUUCUUCAGUGACCUUUGCCAUUAUCCAUGGAUGGACUUUCCUUUGUUUCUCAUUUCUCAAGCUUACAUACUGCUGCCUGAUAUCUGGGAGGGAUUUUCCCUCGGAGCAAAGUUUUCUGGACUUGUUCAUUGUUGGAAUUGAAGCCCUUUUCUACAGAGAUGCUGGUACUGGCUGUGAUCAGUGACUGUCGACAGACCACCUUGCUGCCAUUCGGGGGACUGAGGGGAAGUGUGGUUUCCAAAUACUGGUUUUGUUUUUCGGAUGUGUUAGUUUUAUACAAGAGCAGACAACUUGUUUGUAGCAGUUGACCUCAGUACAACACCUGAUCAUAGUCUAAUUAUAAAUUUUUAUAUAUUUUUUUUAAAUUCACUUUUUCGGAGAAAUGUUUAGCUUCCAUGUGCUAACCCAUGUUUGAGGCAUUGAAAGCUUAGGUUUAUCAGAAACAACUUACAGAUGAUGCUCUGUCAUUCCAUGUAUGUCAUGUUGCUAAUGUGCCUUCAUGUAUGUCCGUCUCAUGCUGUAAAGUUGCUUAAUUCAAAAUGCUCAUGAGCUUUGGAAAUAAACAUAAUCUUGGUGACUACUGUAGCUAGGGAGGCCGACUGAUGUGCAGUGCAAGGUAUGUCUAAUCCUUGAUUUUUGCUUCAGAAUGAUAAGCAGCUUAAUGCAGUUUUGCUUGUAACCUGCAAGCAUUGCAGGAGCUGUGGCCAGUGUGUAUGCAGGUGCUAAUUAAGUUUUAGCUAGCCCACUGAUACGAGGUGGCUUUGUUAAUUUGGAUUUCUCAUACAGUUCCAGAAGUCAUGCAGAAAUUCCUUCUGAUGGUGUUUUCCAAGGUGUUAAGUGCUCUGCCUUGGUUUGAGAUAAAUUCCUUGUAAAGAAUGCAGAUGCACUCUCUCAGGACUCUUUCUAAUUAUUUUCACCAGCUUAAUGUUGUCUCAUUAGACUUCAGCUCUGCUUACAAUGUUUUGAAAUCAUAUUUUGUGGAGGAAAAAAAUACAGUUCGUAAAGUAGAGACUAAGAAAGUUAAUUUCUGACAGACAAAUUGUUUAGAUCAAGAAAAACUGCAGCUACCUUAGAGCCACUGUGUUACAUUUUCUUCAUGCUAUCCAAACGAUGGACGUGUCCUCAGAAUGUAGAAUUCUACCUCUUUUCUCUGGUACUUUUGAAUUUAGGUGAGGUGCUUUGAGGAUCUUUUAAAAAGAAAUCUGUUCUCUUGUGAAGAAGCAAGACUGCCUCCUCCCUGGCCAGCCUGCAUUUCCUCUUUCUUUCAUUUCUGCUAUCUGUGGUAGGAAGGCAGAGUGGCUGAGAUGAUAACUUACAGCUCGAGAUGCCUCAGCUCGUGUUCACCCAAGCCUCGUGUUUCAGUUCUACAACGUGACUCCCUCGAAUGAAAUCACGUACUAUGGAAAUACAUUUUUAUUGAACACC